AUGGCCAGCCAACGAAGCUCGCGAGUUGAUCAACCUUCUGUGUCAGGAAGCGAGGCGGGAUCAUUCACGUUAUUCAACGGAGCCGAACUUCCACCUUUCAGAGCCAUAAACGACUUUCUUCUCGAAUCGGCUCGCUAUGAGCGCCCUCCACUUGAAGAUUUGGCUCGCUGGAAUAAUCGAAUCAUCUCCAAUCUGCUCUACUAUCAAACAAACUACUUCAUGGUGUUCAUUCUUUUGCUUGGAGGCUUUACGAUUGCAUACGGGCAGGAUUUUGCCGUCGGAUUGUGUGCUAUUUCGCUUGUAACCGGGUCGGCCGUAUUCAGCAUUUCACCAAAUCCACGCUUCCAUGAGCUUCGCCGUGAACAUCCAUUGAUUACGCUUGGAUCUAUCGUCGUCUCAUUUUACCUUUUCAUCACCUUUCUUUGGUCUGUCGCAAUAGUUUUCGUUGGUGUGCUGAUUCCAUUGCUCAUUUGUAUGAUUCAUGCUUCAUGCAGGCUUCGCAACCUUAAGAACAAGGCUACCGAAUUCAUGGAACGUGCCGGAGUUCGAAAGACUGUAAUGGGCCAAAUUCUUGAUGCUUGUGGAGUGACAGUUAAGGCC